ACAAAAGAUAUUGAAUAAGAACAAAAAAACCUAGGUUUAACUUGCUGCCGUAUUAAGAGAUAAGAUUUUGUGAAAACUUAUACUUGGAAAAAUUAAAAAAAGUUCUGACGCACAGGUUGUCGAACUAAAUAUAGUAAAGAACUCACAAUUUGGUGAAAAUUAUAAGUCAGUAACACACUUUGCAUAUAAUGGCGAAGAAAACCUACGAUUUACUUUUCAAGUUGCUACUGAUCGGCGACUCAGGUGUAGGAAAAACUUGCAUACUUUUCCGCUUCUCGGACGAUGCAUUUACCUCCACCUUUAUUUCUACUAUUGGUAUUGACUUUAAGAUAAAAACAGUCGAGCUGAGGGGUAAAAAAAUCAAACUCCAAAUAUGGGACACAGCCGGUCAAGAACGUUUUCACACUAUCACUACGUCCUAUUAUCGUGGUGCUAUGGGCAUAAUGCUAGUGUACGAUAUAACAAAUGAAAAGAGUUUCGAAAACAUUGUUAAAUGGUUACGAAAUAUAGAUGAGCAUGCAAACGAAGAUGUGGAAAAAAUGAUCCUUGGUAAUAAAUGCGACAUGACAGACAAGCGUGUUGUGAGCAAAGAACGCGGAGAAGCGAUCGCGGUAGAACAUAGUAUUCGUUUUAUGGAAACAUCUGCCAAAUCCAAUAUCAAUAUUGAACGUGCAUUCUGCGAACUUGCUGAAGCUAUUCUAGACAAAACAUCUGGUAGGGAGGCAGCCGAUAAUCCCGAUCGUUUAGUGGUCGAUCGUCGGAAUAACGAAAAGACGCCAGCCUACAAAAGUUGUUGUUCUUAAGUUUAUCGUAACCGACACUUAUCUACUACGCCACCAACAGCACCACCACCACCAAUUACCACUUCUACAUCCUUAUUGCUACUAAAUAAUAAAAAAAAAAGAUAUUGAAUAAGAGGCAAACAAUAAAUACAAAUCACUAGAAUAGUAUUUGCCUAUAACAAAAUAAGAAAAUAUCAAUUUUUAUAUAAAAAGAAAUUAAUUAUCAACACAAUUCAAUUCAUUUAUUACGUGUUUAUUGUAAUUUUUACGAUAAGAGGGAAAGGAUUGAAAUAUUUGUAUAAAGUGUAAAAUGAUAUGUGCAAUUGCUUAUGCAUUGAUUUACAUAGGUCAACAUCAUAUGCUUUUAUUCGCUUCUAAAAAAUGUUUGAAAGAAGAAAGUAAUGAAUUACAUAAAUCUUUAAAUUAAAAUA